UACUUGAGCAAGAAAUGUAUGCAGCUCUGCUUUGCAAACAGCUGGAUUUGCGUUAGUUUUACCUGUGAGACGCUUCAAGUUUGCCUUUAUUCAGAGUAAUAACUGUUUCCAUAAACGGGUUCUCACCAGUGCAGAUAUACAUGCAAAAUUUCUAUUGUUUUAAUUUUACUCGGGGAUCUAUUGGGAUGUGAGUUAUUUGUUCUUCAUACAAGUUGAACUAUAAUUUGGUCUUCUAUAUUCUUCCAUACUCAUACUCAUUUACACUUGAUUUGAUGGACAUUGAAGUCUAGAAAUCUGAAGAGAGGGGACUAUAAUUAGGGUGUUGAGAAGGAUACUUCUUGUGACCAAUCUUUUGGAGAAAGAUGGCUUCUCAAUAUAAUUUCAAAGGCAUAGCUGAUGCAUCGCCUGCUGAAGGAUUAGCUGGGAAACCACACGGAAAUCACUCUUUAACUCGGCAGCCAUCAGUAUACUCUUUGACUUUUGAUGAGUUUCAAAACACAUGGGGUGGGCUUGGAAAGGAUUUUGGGUCGAUGAACAUGGAUGAACUUCUGAAAAAUAUUUGGACGGCUGAAGAGACUCAGGCAAUGACGUCUUCCACGGGUGCAGGGGAUGGAAGCCUUCCAGAGGGUAAUAUACAGAGACAAGGGUCGUUGACGCUGCCACGAACUCUUAGUCAAAAAACAGUUGAUGAAGUUUGGAAAGACCUGCUCAAAGAGAGUACGGUUGCUAAGGAUGGGAACAAGGGUGGAGGAUUCAAUAUGCCGCAGAAGCAACCUACUCUUAGAGAGAUGACCUUGGAGGAGUUCUUACUGAGAGCAGGAGUUGUAAGAGAAGAUGCUCAACAAGUGGGAAUACCCAACAACAGUGGGUUUGUUGGUGAUUUUCCGCUGCUUAGUAAUAGUACUGGUUUGGGUCUAAACUUUCAACAUCCGAGCCAGAACAAUGGAUUUGUUGUGAAUCAGGUUGCCGAGAACAGUAAGUCAAUACGUGGUCAGCCUCAUAAUUUAGCAUUCAAUGUCGGCAGUAUUAGAUCCAACCAGCAGCAGCUCCAGCAACAGCAUGAUCUGCCCCUCCUGCCCAAGCCAGCGACUAUACCUUUUGCCUCUUCCAUAAGUAUAGCAAAUAAUUCCCAGUUGCCUGGUUUAGGGUCAAGAGGGGCAGUCGGGAUGACAGAUGCAUCCAUUAAAAGUUCCUUAGUUCAGGGUGGCGGGCUGCAGACCAGUGUUGGCAUGACUGGGUUAGAGACUAGGGGAGUUGCUUUUCAGACAGUAUCUCCUGCUAACCAUAUAUCUCCGGAUGUAAUUUCUAAGAACACGGUGGAUUCGUCUUCACUCUCACCCGUACCUUAUCCAUUCGCCCGGGGAAGAAAAUCUGGCAGUGCUCUGGAGAAAGUCGUCGAGAGAAGGCAGAGGAGAAUGAUAAAGAACAGAGAGUCAGCUGCUCGGUCUCGAGCUCGAAAGCAGGCUUAUACUUUGGAACUUGAAGCUGAAGUUCAAAAACUUAAAGAACUUAAUCAGGAAUUACAGAGGAAACAGGAGGAGUUGAUGGAAACGCAAAAGAGCCAGAUCUUAGAGAGAGUGAACCGGCAAUGGGGAGGUAAAAGAAUCUGCUUGAGGAGGACGCUGACAGGCCCGUGGUAGACCGCCUUGAGAUUGAAUUUAGAUGUUCGAGUGCGGAGCGUUGGAUAUGUGGGCAACUCCAGUGUUGGGUUGUACAUCUUAUCAUCUGAUCGUGCUCUUUUGAAGAAGAUUAUGCAGAGAUUAGGUAGCUGUAUCUAUAGAUCGGCAAGGAGGGAUGACCGGCUGUAAAUAAGUUGUGAACCAUACUUAGUUUGAUGUCUAGGCGGAAGCGGAACUCUUUUGGAUUGGUGUGCUAUAUUUGUGGGGUGAAUAGCACCAACCAGUCGUGUUUUAGCCACCAAAGAGUUCUGAAGAAGUUGAUGCAUCAAAUCUGUAAACAUAGGAUGAUCUGAGGUUAUGAAUCAAAACAUCUUUAGGUUUAAUGUUCUUA